CAGGUUGUGAACUGUUGUUUGUCCGGUGUGCGAGUUGUCACGACAGACAGACAGACAGACACACAGACAGACAGACGGACAGACAGACAGACACUCGCCUGUUCCGGGGUUACAGCGAACGAUGCCUCCCGUCCUGCUCCUGCUGCUGCUGCUGCUAUGUGCCGUGCAGGCUUCGCUCGCCAGCAAUGGGACCUCGGUGGCGACAGAGUUGCUGCCAGAAGCUGGCCUCUCACCUUUGCAUCAGCCGGAGCUGCAGACAACCCGGCAGCCCGCAGAAAUGCAGAGCCCGGAGAGUCAUCGCGGUCACGACAUUGUGGGCUUCGAGAUAGUGAACUGGCAGUGGGUUCACGUUCAAGGACCCUACCUGAUUGCAGUGUGGAUUCUGGUAGCCAGCCUGGCUAAAAUCUUGUUCCACCUCUCCAGCAAGGUGACAACUGUGGUGCCUGAAAGCUGUUUGCUGAUCUUUCUUGGUUUAGGCCUUGGCGGGAUAGUCCUUGCAGCUGCCAAGAAGCCAGAGUACCAGCUGGACCCAGAUACCUUCUUCCUCUUCCUUCUUCCACCCAUUGUGCUCGACUCAGGAUACUUCAUGCCCAGCAGGCUUUUCUUUGACAACUUUGGUGCCAUUCUGAUGUACGCAGCAAUCGGCACCCUCUGGAAUUCAUUAACAACUGGAAUAGCACUUUGGGGCAUCAAGCUAGCUGGGCUCAUGGAUCCUAAAGUGGAAGCAGAUUUGCUCGAUUUCUUGCUUUUUGGCAGUCUGAUAUCUGCCGUGGACCCAGUAGCAGUAAUAGCUGUGUUUGAGGAAGUCCACGUUAAUGAAACUCUGUUCAUCAUUGUGUUUGGAGAGUCGCUCCUUAAUGAUGCUGUAACUGUUGUGCUGUAUAAAGUGUUUAACUCUUUUGCGACAAUUGGCUCAGAAAAUAUACAAGCUUUAGAUUACGUCAAGGGUGUAGGUUCAAUCUUUGUGGUGAGUUUGGGUGGGACUGCUGUAGGAAUUGUCUUUGCCUUUGUGCUGGCCCUCAUCAGCCGCUUCACCAAGCGAGUCCGCAUUAUUGAGCCACUCUUCGUCUUCCUGAUUGUUUACCUGGCCCAUCUCACAGCUGAAAUGGUCUCUCUCUCCUCUAUCUUGGCUGUUACCUUCUGUGGUCUGUGUUGCAAAAAGUAUGUGGAAGCUAACAUUUCACAGAAAUCUCGCACAACUGUGAAGUACACGAUGAAGACUUUAGCUAGCAGUUCGGAAACAAUCAUCUUCAUGCUGUUGGGAAUCUCUGCCGUUGACACCUCCAAAUGGACCUGGGACACAGGUUUAGUGCUGUUCACACUUCUCUUCACAUUUGUCUUCAGAGCAAUAGGGGUAAUUCUGCAGAGUUGGAUAUUGAAUCAUUUCCGGCUGGUCCCAUUGGACAGGAUUGACCAGGUGGUUAUGACAUAUGGUGGCCUGCGAGGUGCAGUAGCGUUUGCCCUGGUGAUCCUUCUCAAUGAUCAGACUGUCAAGGCAAAGGACUACUUCGUUGCAACGACAAUCACUGUUAUAUUUUUCACUGUGAUAGUUCAGGGUUUGACCAUUAAACCGCUUGUUAAAUUCUUGAAGGUAAAGAGAAGUGAUCAUCACAAGCCAACACUUAAUGAAGAGUUGCACGAACGUGCUUUCGACCAUAUUCUGGCAGCCGUAGAAGACAUAGUAGGUCACCAUGGUUACCAUUAUUGGAGAGACAAGUGGGAACACUUUGACAAGAAGUACCUGAGCCAGCUACUGAUGCGCAAGUCGGCCUAUAGGAUCAAGGAUGAUAUUUGGGACCUAUACCAAAAGCUCAAUGUUCGCGAUGCUAUCAGCUUUGCUGACCAGGGAGGUCACAUGUCAUCAGGAAAAUUCAUAUUUGCAUCAAUGCCAAGUAGAACAUCCUUCUCUGAAACAUCUGUAACAAACCUCCUGAGGGAGAGUGGAAGUGCCGUGUGUCUAGAUUUACAAGUGAUUGACACUGUGAGGAGUGGCAGAGAUCGGGAAGACACAGUGAUGCACCAUGUCUUAAGAGAGAACCUGUACAAGCCAAGGAGAAGGUAUCAGGGAAAUUAUAGCCGGCACUUCAUUGCACAAGGUGAACAAGAAAGGCAAGAAAGGGAGGUUUUCCAGCGAAACAUGAGAAGUCGCCUUGAAUCAUUUAAAUCCACUAAACAUAAUGUAUAUUCUUCAAAGAAUAAAUGCAGGCAUAAGAAAGAGCACAAGUGUCAGAAAAGGAGAAAUGUUGAAGGUACAAAUGGUCAAGUACCUAAUAAUAAAUUACUGCGAAAUGUCAGCUGGCAUGACACAGUGCCAGUUUUUGUAGAAGUCGACUCGGAAGAUGAAGAAAAGGAUAAAUCUGUGAAGAUGAAAGAACAGGAGGAUGAUGAGGGCAUCACUUUUAUGGCAAGAACAGUGAAUGAGAAUUUACAAGAAAGAAAAAUUUCAGUCACUAGCCACACCAGUGAUGGCAAUGAAUCGGAGGUUUUCAAGAAGGAACCCCCUUGGAAAUAUCAGAAUGAUGAACCCAUCCUAUCACAGAGUGCUCAACUCGUGCGACCCAGCCUCGUUCAUCUUCACAAGAUAAGAAGUAAUUUGGAAUAUCCUCAAAGCCCGAGCAUUAUCCCACCAUCACCUACUUCUGCCGAAAAAGAGCUUCCCUGGAAAGGUGAUCAGGGUGAGCUUACAGCCUGUGUGUCUUCAGAAACCAACAAGAUUGUACCAAUUGAUUUGCAGUAUGCUUGGAAGCAUAGCAUGGACAGCCUGGUUUCACCAACUGUAUCUGACGCAGUGUUUCAGCCAAAGACCUCGAACUUUAUGCUGGAUGAACACACAUCGGCUGCCCUGUUAGUGCCACAACGUCCCAUCCAUUUCCAGUUUCCUGAAGCUUGUACAGCUGCUGACGACACCGUGGAGUCUAUUCAGCAGCAGGAGCUGCAGCCCCUUAUGUCUGCUGAAGGUGACAGCAGACAGGUUCCAGCUGCUGGCUUAGUGAAUACCAGGUGGCCUGCACCAUUCCACAGACCGUCUUAUGUCUCAGCUCUGAAAUCUUUGGUUGCCUCAACGCAAUGUAACAUGAAACAAUCUGAGAAGUCUGGUAAUGUACAGACAAACCUCUAAUCUUAAUUAAUUUAAAAAACAUGAAUUAAGAUGAGCCAUGAUAUUAUAGUUUUGUAAAUCACUUAAUUUUAUGUCAUGAAAAUAUCAGAAAAUCUUAAUUAUAUAGUGGUUUUUAGAGAAGUAUAAUUGGCUAUGUUUAGCAAAGGAAUGUGUACAGUAUUCUGUUCUACUUGUGUGAUCAACAUUGUUCCCAACAUUAAUAAGUAAAUUAAAAUGUUUGAUACAAUCACUGCUAAGGUUGGAAUGUUGGGAAUUCCUUUGCAUGGUUGCCCUGAAUGCAGAAUUGAGUUUGUUUCCAAUGCAUUCCUAUUAUGGGCAGACAAGAGCGUGAAUUGUCAGGCAAUAAGACAGUGACAGGAUGGAGUAAGCAAGAAACAGAACGUGAUUAACUAUUUAAUGAUACAGUAAGGAAAAAUACUGCAGAUAUUGGAAAUCUGAAAUAAAAACAGACAGUGUUAGAGGAAUUCAGCAUGAUUGAAAGCAUCUGUGGAGAGAGAAACAGAGUUAAUAUUUUGAGUCCAAUAUGACUCUUCAUCAGAACUGGAAGUCUCCGAAGCAAUGGAAGGCCUGUUGAGUUUCUCCAGCAUUUUCUGUAACAAUCUGGGGGAGUUAGCUCAUCACUCUAAAUGUAUCACCCAAGGAUGACUAACAUGUAAAAUCACUUUUUGAGGGAAGCAUUUCUAUAAAAAUUAAGAACAUUGUAACAGAAAGUUAAUUGUCCGUCCACCAUUGUAUUAAAUACAUUUUUGCAAUGGGCAAUUUGAAAGUGGUUUAUGAGGCAAAACUAUAAAAAAGUCAUGUUGCAUUUUAAGAUUUGUAUAUAAUCAAAGAGGAUCCCACAUUAAACUUUGUGGCUACAAAAUUCAGUUUCCUCUGAAGACAAAAAUCACAAAACACAAUCAAUCCACAGUCAUUGCCUCCAAUUUCAGUUUAUUUAAAUGAUUGUGGUGUGCAGUGUGCACCAAGCAGAUAGUUGUGCAGUUGGGCAGCUAGGCAGGCCAUGCAAAAAUGUGAGAAUCUCUCACAGUUUCAAACCAACCUGCACCUCAUAAAGAGGAGAUGUUUUGAUUAAAGUACAUGCUAGAAUAAACAUUUAAAGUGAUUUCGAUUUGAGGUCAUCACAAGAAUGGCAUAUUUUUACAGCAGAGUUCUUAAAAUGUUCUGACACUGCACUGUAAAGCCUUGGUUGAAAAGAGAAUGGGAGAGGUGACCCUUAUCCACAGUGGUCCUAAAGGAUACCACAAAAACUUAUCAGAGUGGUGGGAUUAGGUCAUCAUGCCAGUCAAAGACCUGAAGCUUUGGAUGCAAUGCCACUAAGAAGGUGAGUGAACUCACAGAAAUGGUCCAAAACAAUGACAUAUUUUCAAUGCCACAUCCCACCAACAAUACUAAAUGCGUAGAACUACAGAUAGUUGUGUUGGAGGCUCCAAUUUCUUUUAGACACAAGGCUGCUGAUAAAUCUUUUCACUCUUGUUGCCUACCAUGGGCAUAUGUUAGAAAAAUUUACAAGUUGAUACACGGAAUCUAUUUGGCCACAUUAUAUACGCAUCUUCCUUGGCCUGGAAUGGGACGUAACCUGGAGCUGCUGGCUCAGAAGCAUUAACCAUCACAUCACAAAACAUUCUUUAUGAAGAUUAGGUAUAGAAUAAAAGUUAAUGUAAAAAGAUUAUGUAUAAGGCUUUAAAUCUCAAUUUACAUAUGAGAGCUAGUCAGUGCAAAAUUGAGAACACUCACUUUUACCAUAUUCCAGAAACUCCCACAUUCCUUUUUUCUGUUGUAUUGUAUUGUGUUAUAUUCCUUAUGUUAUGUUGUAGCUCACGUAACAGGGUCUCUCAGUUAUUCAAUCAAACGGAGUUGGAUUGUCUACAUUUUUCCAUUUGUGCUAUUGUGAGCAAUUAGUUUACUUUCUAGGACAUCUAUUUCUUUUGCAGGGAACUGCAUUUCUUUAAGUAUUGCUGUCUCACUGCAUUUUAUUCUCCAACACCAGUGUAUCACAGAACAAGCUCUCUGAGUGUUUUUCCUGUGCCAAUAACCAAAACAAAUUGGAGGGUCAGAGCCACUGCAAAAUAGUCUCAUCUCCCCACUCUGACUCCUGCACAAUUUAGCUGUCAUUGCAAAUUGGACUAAACUUAGGAAAAUUUUGAAUUGCAUGGAGAUAUUUUUGUAUUGAAAUGGUGUAAUGAAAUUAUUUUAUUUAUUUUAAUAUUAAACAACAUAAGGUCAUUACAUAACGAGACAGUUUAAACUCAGGGUGGACAAUUGUAAGUAGAUUUAUAAAAGCCACAAUUGUACAUCAUUUCAAAUAACUGAUUUAAUACUAAUAUUGAAGCAAAUAUUCAUCAAGUUUUGCUUAUGUUCUGUUUAUAAAGUUUUAAGUCAACAAUAGUGAUGAUAAUUUCUAAAUUAUUUACUCUGUAUAACAGAACAGGAGAUUUCAUGGUCUAAUAUAAUGUGCAAAAUGUAACAUGGCAGACAAAAUACUUCUUAAACUAAGAAUAGUUUAUUCCUUCUGUUAUUUCAAUAGGGUGUGUCUCCAUGGAAAUAAGCAUAUUUGGAACUAGAAAAACCUAAUUCUUUUAUAAUUUACCAACUUCUUGACAUGAAGUCUUCUUCCAAUACUAUCAAAGGAAUACAAUUUGUAACCUAUUCAUAAAAUAAAAAUCCUCACAAGCAAUAAUAUAUUGUGCGGAAAUGAAAUUAGAAUGUGUAAUUCAGUUUUAUGUGUAAUAUACAGAAGAAUUUCAAUUCUACUUCCCACAUCCAUUAAGAGAAAUUUUAUAUAUUGGCGUGCACUCAAAAAGACAAAAUCUAGUUCAAACAGUGUACAUGGAUUGCUAACAUAGUUAUGUGAAAUUAUUUAUUGAUAUUGAUGUAAAAAAAAGUGCCUUCAUUUUGGAAGAGGUUGCAUGGAAUUUACUUCAAAACUGAAUGUAUUAAUUAGUGGCUAUGCCCUCAGUGAACUUGUGCAUUAGUUAAACUUUCUUCUCAAAACCUAUUUUCAGUAUCUACUCUCGCUUGAUUUUUGGUAAAACUGGUUUAUUUGUUUAAAUUGAUAAUGCGUCACUAUUUUGUCACA